AUCCAUUUACAGUAUCCAGCAAAAUGAAGCCACCUUUUCUUCUUCUUCUUCUUCUUCAUCAUCAUCUGAUUACUGUAAGCCGGUAAAGCUGAGAAAUUUUCAGAAAUGAGAAAGCAAGUGUUAACGUUGACGGAAGCUGCGGCUUCAAGAGUACGGCAGCUGUUGGAGCAGCGUCAGCGUUCUUUCCUCAAGCUUGGUGUCAAAUCUCGCGGCUGUAAUGGCUUGUCUUAUACCCUCAAUUAUUCAGACGAUAAAGGAAAAUUUGACGAGGUGAUUGAGGACAAGGGAGUGAAGAUACUGAUAGAUCCAAAGGCACUUAUGCAUGUCAUAGGUACUGAGAUGGAUUUUGUUGAUGAUAAACUCAGAUCCGAGUUCAUAUUUAUCAAUCCAAAUGCAACUGGACAAUGUGGUUGCGGAGAAUCUUUCAUGACAACAACCAGCUCAGAAGCUGCUAAGUUGCGCGGCAAAUCAAGCCGAUAGCUUAUUUUAUACUCGUAUUAUGUACGUUAUAUAUACACUUAGAAGUGUGAGUAUAUAGUCAAUCUGUAGUAACAAAUCAACAAUGUUAAUGAUCAGAAACAGAAGGUUUUGUUAUUUUUUCUUCCCUUUUUUAUCCAAAUCUUAUGUACAUUAGCUGUUGUAAAGAAUAAGAUUUCUUUCGCCAUGGAAAGGUGAAA